CUGGCGCUAAAAUACGAAUGUCAACAAAGUAGAAGUGUAGCGAAAACUGAACUUUUGGGGGGCAUUUUGAUGAAAUAUCACAUAUAAUUUAGAUUAACUAUUACAGUUUAAACUUCAGAACAGUUAACGAAUGUGAAAUAUACAGAUCUUAGAGAUGUCUCAGAGAAAUGAUUGUGUUUUUGCCUCUUCUCUCGGUAAAGGAGAUCAUUUACAUCAGCAAGUUUUAGCAGCGUUCCCUUUGUGUCAGAUGACGGAGGAGGAUUUAAUCCAAAAUCCGCAGUUCUGUAAGCUUCUGGCCACUCUUUCCCAGCACGUGGACCGAACUGGACUCACACAGCACCUGCGGAGAGACCUGGAGAAGGUAGAGCGAGAGUUGCACACUCAGAGGUUGAGUUGGCUGCGUGUGGAGAGCAUUCAUCGGCUGCUGAGAGAGAUAAUCCAGGAGAACCACUUCAGUAAAGCCUCCAGCGCUCAGACAGGAGACCACACGUUCUGCAGCACACUGGAGCAGUGUUUGAUGGUGGGUCAGUGUGUGAAACGGAUGGACAUCAGCGCUGACGUCAGUGAACCUCACAGCGGCAUUCUGGGAUUGACAGCAGAGCGAGUGAAGAGGCUGAUGCCUUCUGAACAGGACGUCCUGCAGAUGAAGCAGAAGUUUCCCUCAGAGCUCCUGCAGCACCUGAAGAAGAAAAGCACCGCCAUCCUGACAUACUACCAGCCUGACUGGGAGAAUGAAAGCGAGGGUUUGAGGAGCGUGAAGCUUUCUAAACUUCCCGAACUGCUGGAUGGGGAAAAGAAGAAAGUGAAGAGCCUGACUGAGAGAAACAGAGACAACACCAUGUUACUGCAGCGGCAGACACACACGUACCUGUCUGAGCUGCUGAUGUGCAUGAAGAUCCUGCAGAGUCUGGUUCUGGAGCUCAGACUGAAGGCUCAGAAAGAUCUGGACAGGAAGAAGAUCGAGUAUUUUGAGGGCAAAUGUGAGAUCGGUUUGCAGAAGAUCAGGGCUGAGAUGCUUGAAGUUCAGCUGGACACUUACACAAGAGACAAGAUCGCCACUCAUAAGAAAAUAACUGAGAAGCUCAACGCGGAUCUGAAGUCCUCCAAGAUGGAGAAACAGGAAGUGGAGUCUAAACUGGCAUCUUUUGAAAUCUACGGCAAAGACUUUGAGGCUCUUGCAGAGGAAUAUUCCAGACUGCGGCAGGAGAUCGCCACCAAAUCCUGGGCGCUGAAGGAGUUCUCCACCUCUAAUGCCUAAUAUCAGCUGCUUACUGUAAAGAAUAAUGUUGUUUCUUCGUUUACUAAUAAAUCAGUUCCUAAAAGCA